GUCCUUUCAAUUCAUUUAUCUGCAGGAAUGAUUGCUGCUAUCAGUCUCGCGCUCACCGCCCGGCUGAGGAGGUGAAAGUUUCUCCCCAGGAAGAUAAACCGCAAAAGACAAUAUUGUGCAUGAUUUGCGCCUUUUCUUUGGCUUUUUCUUUCUUUAUUUCCCCCCCCACCCAAUUUUUUUUUUUUUUUUUUUUUGCAAAAAGCAGAGGGGGAAAAAGGAGAGUGAAGGAGCGAGGAGACAAGCCUGAGAGAAAGGAGUGAGAGAAAAGAAAGGGCGAGGGGCUAGUGGAGAAGUGAGGAGGGGCAUACGGCGCGAGGCGGAGAGCGGGAGAGCAGUCGCGGCUCCAGCGCUCACAUUCCUCUAUGCUACAAAUCCGGGAGGAAGUUUUUUUGGGGGCUGAGAUACCCGUGCCUUUCACUGAGCAGCCUUGACUCAGGGUCCUCGCGGCGAGACUGAGCGGCGAGGAAGUGAGAGCCGCCCGGCUGGGUCUGCUCUGCGGGCGCCGAAGCCCGCCUUGCUCUCGGCCCGCAGCCGUCCGGCUUCCCAGCGCUCGGCUAGGAGAGCGGCCCAGAGCGGAGCGCCGCUGCCUGAGGGCUAGGACUUCGCGAGGUGGGUCGACUCCUCCUCUCUCUCCUUCUUCUUCCUCUUCCUCCGCCUCCCGUUCCUCCUCCUGAUUUUCCCUCCUCUGCGGGCGAGGGUGGGGGGGGCGGGGAGACCGGCGCUCUCCCGGAGCAGCCACGAUGCUCCUGGACGCCGGCCCCCAGUACCCCGCGAUCGGUGUGACCACCUUUGGAGCGUCCCGCCACCACUCGGCGGGCGACGUGGCCGAGCGCGACGUGGGCCUGGGCAUCAACCCUUUCGCCGACGGCAUGGGUGCCUUCAAGCUCAACCCCAGCUCGCACGAGCUGGCCUCCGCGGGUCAAACGGCCUUCACGUCGCAGGCGCCCGGCUACGCGGCUGCCGCGGCUCUGGGCCAUCACCACCACCCGGGCCACGUCGGCUCCUAUUCGAGCGCAGCCUUCAACUCCACGCGGGACUUUCUGUUCCGCAACCGGGGCUUUGGUGACGCGGCAGCGGCAGCCAGCGCACAGCAUAGCCUGUUCGCUGCUUCGGCCGGGGGCUUCGGGGGCCCACACGGCCACACGGACGCUGCGGGCCAUCUCCUCUUCCCAGGCCUUCACGAGCAGGCAGCGGGUCACGCGUCGCCCAACGUGGUCAACGGGCAGAUGAGGCUUGGCUUCUCGGGGGACAUGUACCCGCGGCCCGAGCAGUACGGCCAGGUGACCAGCCCGCGUUCAGAGCACUAUGCCGCGCCGCAGUUGCACGGCUACGGGCCCAUGAACGUGAACAUGGCUGCGCAUCACGGCGCCGGCGCCUUUUUCCGUUACAUGCGCCAACCCAUCAAGCAGGAGCUCAUCUGCAAGUGGAUCGAGCCCGAACAGCUGGCCAACCCCAAAAAGUCGUGCAACAAAACUUUCAGCACCAUGCAUGAGCUGGUCACGCACGUCACCGUGGAGCACGUCGGCGGCCCAGAGCAGAGUAACCACAUCUGCUUCUGGGAGGAGUGUCCGCGCGAGGGCAAGCCCUUCAAAGCCAAAUACAAACUGGUCAACCACAUCCGCGUGCACACGGGCGAGAAGCCUUUCCCCUGCCCCUUCCCUGGCUGCGGCAAGGUCUUCGCGCGUUCCGAGAACUUAAAGAUCCACAAAAGAACGCACACAGGGGAGAAGCCCUUCAAGUGCGAGUUCGAGGGCUGCGACCGACGCUUUGCUAAUAGCAGCGACCGCAAGAAGCACAUGCACGUGCACACGAGCGACAAGCCCUAUCUUUGCAAGAUGUGCGACAAGUCCUACACGCACCCCAGCUCCCUGCGCAAACACAUGAAGGUCCACGAAUCCUCUUCGCAGGGCUCGCAGCCAUCGCCCGCCGCCAGCUCCGGCUACGAGUCCUCCACGCCGCCCACCAUCGUGUCUCCCUCCACAGACAACCCGACCACCAGCUCCCUGUCGCCCUCCUCCUCCGCGGUCCACCAUACAGCUGGCCACAGCGCACUCUCUUCCAAUUUUAACGAAUGGUACGUUUAAAAUCAGAAACAGAACACCGAACAAAACCCUAUUUAAGAAACUGAAUACACACACGUAUACAAAAUAUUAACGAAAGAACCCUGAGAAUCAAAACAGCCUCCCCCCUACGUUGAAAUCCUGUUUUUUUAAAACCUGCCAAUAGACCCAGGACCUAGUAAGAGAAAGCACCAAACCCUUAAAGUUUUUUCCCACUUUUUUUCUUUUUUUUGCAAAGGCUGGGUAGCCACAGGGUGGGAGGGGGGCGUCGAGGAGAAGGCGGUCGCCUGACCAAAUGCCGCCAACCCCGAGGGCCAGUUUCUCCUCGGAAUCAGGACAGGCCCUCUGGGCUUCAGCAUUUUUUUUUCGCUUUGCAUUCCUGUAAAUACAGAAUUAUUAGCUUAAAACUGUACUGUUGGAUUCUGUAAAUAGUUAUAUCUCGGUUGGAGCGGGCGGGUGGGAUCGUGGCGUUGUGGUCUUU